AUGGUUCGUAGUAGUCCAGAACAUGUUGGUGAAAGAUCAGCCUCUGAUAGUGAUGCGAUAAGUGUGUUUGGAUCAUCGAAUGUUUGGAUUGAUCAUUGUUAUCUUGCUCGUGCAACAGAUGGUCUACUCGAUGUUAUUCAUGCUUCAACUGCAGUAACUAUAUCGAACAGUUACUUCACUGAGCAUGACAAAGUUAUGUUGUUGGGGCACAAUGAUGAAUAUACUGCAGACAGAAGCAUGAAAGUCACGGUAGCUUUCAACCAUUUUGGCCGUGAACUAGUUCAAAGAAUGCCAAGGGUUGUGUCAACAACACGUACAAGACGCGGCUCGUCACCAAAGGUUUCCAUCAAAGAACAGGGCUUGCCAUUGUUAGAAUUGGCCUCUUCAACAAGUGUCUCAUUGUAUUUACUAUUUUAUGCUGAUGACUUGAUUGUUAUUGUUUUUUCUUCUCUUGCCACUAAUCAAUUUGUUGAGCGUCUUGACAAUAGGUUUUCCUUUAAGACCGUGAUGCUUGAAGCCAAGGCAGUUUCAACCCCAAUUUCAGUCACUCAUAACUUAGGCCUUGCUGAUAGCUCCUACUAUACUGUUCCGGCACAGUAUCGAGCACUUCUUGGCUUCCUCCGAUAUCUUUAA